UCAAUCUGUCCAAAAUGGCCUACCAGACACUACAACAGGAGUACCUACAGAUUCCUGUUGUUACCAGGGCAUACACGACCGCCUGCGUCCUCACAACUGCUGCAGUGCAACUAGAGAUCAUCACACCAUUUCAGCUGUACUUCAAUCCCGAUUUGAUCCUAAGGAAUUACCAGGUAUGGCGAUUAAUAACCAACUUCCUGUUUUUUGGUCCGGUUGGCUUCAAUUUCCUGUUCAAUAUGAUUUUUCUGUACAGAUACUGUCGUAUGCUGGAGGAGGGAUCUUUCAGGGGACGAACGGCUGACUUCGUCUUCAUGUUCCUCUUUGGUGGGCUGCUAAUGACUAUAUUUGGCACUUUCGUGAGUCUGGUGUUCCUGGGCCAAGCCUUCACCAUCAUGCUGGUGUACGUAUGGAGUCGACGGAACCCAAACGUUCGCAUGAAUUUCUUUGGCCUUCUCAAUUUCCAGGCACCCUUCUUGCCUUGGGUGCUGAUGGGAUUCUCACUUCUGCUGGGCAACUCCAUCAUCGUGGAUCUUUUAGGUAUCGCUGUUGGUCAUGUGUACUUCUUCCUGGAAGAUGUUUUCCCCAACCAGCCCGGUGGUGGAAGGUGGCUUAGGACCCCAUCUAUCAUAAAGAUGCUGUUUGACACUCCAGAGGAAGAUGCCAAUUACAACCCCCUGCCCGAGGAGCGCCCUGGAGGGUUUGCCUGGGGAGAGGGACAACGCCUUGGAGGUUAGAUACGACCUCCACAUCAUCCCUGAUUGCCAGGUCACUUCCAAGGACCUUCUCUCAGAGAGAUGAAGCGGACGAACAUGGUCUUUGUUUUUGACAUGUUUGUUUAGUUCUGGAUGAAAAAUGCCAAACAAUCAGAACUCGUUUGGAGAUAACCGUCUGUUGUCUUUGUAUAUGGGCUUUAAUCAUCCUCAGAAACUCUUCUUGAUGCCAGAUCAUCGCUCUAAGACUCUUUGAAAGAACACAAGCUACGGAUGGAAGUUUGGACAGUAAACCUUUGGGUUCGGAUAACGGUUGUUUUCAUCUCGGAAAAAAAUAAAAUUGACAUACAGCUAUAUGAAAGAGGAAGAAUGACGGCAGUAAAAUAUUAUCAAAAAUAA